AAUACUAAUUAUAUCAGCAAAGCAAUAUGGCUGUCGAAAAACAUAAUAUCGGUACAUUACCGAAGAGGUCACGCCUGGAAAUGAAUGUUCGCCAGUUGCUAAAUAAAUGUGAAAUAAUCGCAAAACAGGAGCCAGUGGAUUCAAAUUGGAGAUUAAGAAAAUACGUAGAAUCAUUAACUGAAAUGUUAACUGAGUUAAAAACUGGGCCUGAUAAACCAGGGAAAGAUGCACUAGCAGAAUAUUCUAAAAGAACUGCAUUUUUAAAAGGCUUAAUUCAGACUGCUACUUUGAAUAGCCCUAUUGAGAAAUUGGAAGCAGUACAACAAUUAUCUCAUGGUGCAGCUACUAUGUGUGCUGAUGCCUCUGCUCAAGAAAUACAUCAGAAGACCGUAGCAAAAUAUGGGGAUGAAUUGAGAUCAGAACUCUUUGGACUGGAGGAUCCUGAUGAUACACUCCGCAAGAGGAACAUUAUAAAAGCUCCUAACUUUACAAGUAAUAGCAAUAGUCAGGAAGAUAUCGAUUCACUACUUAAAUACCAUCAAAAUAUGCAGGAAAAAGUGGCAGAGAAUAUGGUGAUGCUUACUAGAAGUUUGAAAGAGCAGUCGCAGAUUGCUAGUACCAUCAUAAAAGCAGAUACUGAGGCAUUGAAGAAAUCAUCAGAUCUAACGGAUCGCAAUCUUACAACUUUGAAAAAGGAAUCUGAGAGGCUGCAGGAACACAGUAAAAGUGCAUGGAAGUGCUGGCUUUGGCUGAUGUUGGCUAUUGUGAUGGCUAUUUUCAUAAAUAUGGUUCUCUUCAUGAAAGUGAUGAAGAAAAGAAAAGUAGAUGUUUAAGCGAAGAGGUAUGUUAUUUUUUAAAUGCUAUAAUGAUUACUAGUGAAAAUGUUUAAUAUACAGGAAUAUGUAUUAGUAAGUUAAUUUUAAAUGAAUAUGUAUUUAUUAUAUGUAAAUAAAACAAUAUUUUUAAAUAAUUGUAUUAUUUAUUAUAUUUACUACUUUAAUUUUCUUUAAUUAAUGGAAAUCACAUACUUCAUACAUAAUAAUUUUAAUUUUAAACAAUAUACCAAUCCAUGUUGGUUCAUACCAAAAUACAUAUUUCAGUUUCCACAUACUCAAGCAUUCAUGUUACAACAGAUAACUAUAAUAAAUAAAUAUAUUAUAAAUAGUUUUUCUCAUAUUGACUCACUAAAAUAGUACUAAGAUUUUAUUAAUUAUACUGUAUAAUGAUUGUUAAGCCUAUAAUUAUAUUUGGAGCAAUCCCUAAUUUCUCUUUUAUAUAUGUGCGUGAUUAUAUUGGACCGUAUGUUCCAAUAUCAUUUCCCAUAGUAAUACAUUUAAUGUAUCAUAUAAUUUCAAAAUUUAUUUAGCCGAUGAUGAAUUUAAAUUUUCGUAUGCUACACUUAUAAUGUAGUAUAUGUGGCGUGUUAAAGGCCAAUGGUGCAGCGCCCUAGGCAAAAUGUGUAUGUUCCUUUUG